AUGACAUGGCUGGUGCUCAUUGUCCCUCUUGUGGUGUUCUCUUUCAAGUCGUAUGGAGAAAUUUAUGAUCGGAAAGAAGCUUACCAGCGGAUUGUCUCAGCAUACACAAACUUGAACUGGACACCGUACUUUGUCACCUACAAACUGAACGUAAUCGACAAAUUGUGGCUAAUAUUGCUGGUGGUAGUAUGUACCAUUGGAUGCAUCAGCGUCGCGGUGAGCACGACCAGGUCAUCAGAAUUGUUGAGAACCCUAAAGCUUCACAAAUGGGCGACAUAUGCUCCCGCUGGUUUCGGACAAAUCGCCAACACUUCCCGAUUAAAUGCAUGCUCGGUAGCUGUGUUGGUGCUGGCGCCGAUGGCAGUGUUCGUGAUAUGUGCAGUGAGUGGGCAACAAACGUACAGACUGACUCAUACGUUAGUCUUGGAUGUGCCUUUAUCCCGAUUGUUAACGCUUAUUUCGUUCUCUUCAAUAUUCGCUCAUUUCGCAAAGCCAUGA